AUGAAGCCCGCCCCGUUCAUCUACCACCGGGCCGAAACCGCCGCGCACGCCGCGGAGGUGCUGGCCCAGUUCGGUGAUGAUGUCAGGAUUCUCGCGGGCGGCCAGUCACUGCUGCCAAUGAUGAACCUGCGCAUCGCGGCCCCGGGCCAUCUUCUCGAUAUCUCCAAGACCGCCGAUCUCAUGACCAUCGAGGUCGGCGUCGACAGCCUUGAAGUGGGGGCGGCGGCCACGUACAGGAGAGUGGCCGAGCAUGGUGCCAUCGAGCAGUUCCCGAUCAUUGCCACAGCCAUCAGCCAUGUUGGCCAUGAACCGAUCCGCAACCGGGGAACCAUCGUGGGGAGCAUCGCCCACAACGACCCUGCCGGCGAGCUUCCCGCCGUCGCGCUGGCUCUGGGCGCGGAGGUGCAACUGAGAUCGUUGCGAGGCAGCCGAUCCGUGUCGAUCGACGAUUUCCUGACCGAGGCCUACUGCACAACUAUCGCCGACGACGAGCUCAUCGAAGCGAUCCGAUUCCCCCGGCCUGCAGCCAGCACCGGUCACGGCUUCGCCGAGUACGCCCGGCGACGCGGCGACUACGCCUCCGCGGGCGUGGCGUGCCAGGUCCGCUACGGACCCCGACGGUUCAGUUGCCGGAUGCCGGGUCGCGACCCUCGCCGGCGGCGGUGCGGUGCGACGCCACCGGGCCGCGGAGGAGCGCAUCGCCUCCGAAGGGACCGCUGGCUUGGACGUCGGGCUCGCGGCGCAAGCCACCGCGGCCAGCGCCACCGAUGA